AUGGUAUCUACCAGCAGCACAGGCCGGUUUUCGGACGGCCGGAGUACUCCAAGCACGCCUAUGAGCGAAGCUGCAGACUCACCAGCCCCUAAUAAUUCCUCGAAAGGUAUGGAGAUUGCUCCAGACGGCGACAUCGUCCUUGAGAUCGAGCACGAAGUUGGCAAGCCUGCAGCGGUUCAUUCGUACCGUGUCAGCGCGACAAUAUUGACGACACACUCCAAGUACUUUGCGAGUCUGCUGCAACCGGGACGAUUCAGCGAGGCGGCGAACGUCGAGGCCAAGCACCGGAAUCUACGCGAGCAGUAUGGCGAGGUCGGAAAGGCUCCUCCACGCGAGCUGCCUGCUCUCAGCAUCAAAGACGUAGGUCGGGUAGCAGUGAAGUCGGUGGGUCCACUUCUUGGAGACUUCUUCAAUAUUCUACACAACAGGGAGAUGCAGAUACCGCCACCCGUUGCGAAUCUUGCCAACCUGGCUGUGGUAGCAGACCGAUUCGACGCGUUGGAGGUCGUGAGGACCUACCUUCGUCGCAAGAAGGUCAUGAAGAUGCUGGAUGCGAAAACGACCGCCAAGGCAGACCUGGCUCUGGGUGAGGAGCGAGUACGACAGCGGCUACUCGUUGGCGUUCUACUCGACCACACGCCUUGGGUUGAGAAGUACAGUCUUCGCAUGAUCUGUAAGGGUUGGGCUAGCAAGGAAGUGUCGGUCUCGGCAGCAUUAUGGUGGGACCUCCCGGGCAGACUGGAGGAUGAACUGGUGUAUCGGCGCGAGUGCAUGCUCGAGACGAUCCAAUCGCUGCAGUCGCACUUUCUUGCACUCUACAGUUCCCGCGAAAGGCAAUGUAAGCUUGGCUACGAUUCGUCAGCGCAGUGCGACUCGUUCCAGCUUGGUGAGAUGGUCCGCUUCUUCACACGCAUUGGAACUGUCCAGCUUCAAGGAACCCUAAUCGACGUCGCCGAUCCCCCGGAGCCGCACGCAGGAGACCUCAUCAACUUACUGGACACUCUGCGGCAAGUGCCGGAAUAUCAGAUCGAUAAGUUCCACUCACAUUGCGGCAUCCGGACAAGGCUCGUGCCAAUGCUUGACUUGCUUCAACGGGCCAUACCACAUGCUGCGGUUUGUGGCGAGUGCUGGGAAGCCAAUCGUACUGACCUUGCUUGGCUUGGAGCGAAACGGCCUUUGCUAUGGAGAAAGGGGGACUCAGGGCUCUACGGCACUGGACACAGGCACGCUGGCAUCCGUGACUUCUUUACUGCCACGGAACGGCAGUGGAGCUAG